AUGCUUACAGUGCUUAAGAGACAUUAUUCUGAUGCAAUAGCCGUUGGAAGGGCAUGGAUUGAGGGUUUUAAGGCUGAGAACGUGCCGUUGAAACUGUUCGUUGCGACCUAUGAUCGGUCUCGUGGGAAAGGUGGGCAGAAUGUUAAUAAGGUCAACAGCAAGUGUACGUUGACAUUGUAUAACUUUAGCAAGUGUUCGUGGUUUCCAGAUGAGAUCCGGAAGCAGCUUUUAGAUAAAGGUUUUAGGUACUAUGCUCCGAGUAAAGAUGCGUUAGUGAUUCAGAGCGACGAGACUAGGUCAAGGGAGCAAAAUCGGGAUAUAUGCGUCGAAAAGCUUGUUAAGGAGGUGAAGAAACUCGUAUUCUUCCCCGGUGAGACAGACAUGUCAACGAAACGGAAAUGGAAUGAGAUCAAAAAACGAUCGAAUGAGGUACGGCUUAGUGAAAAGAAGUUUAAAUCUGAUAAGAAAAGAUCCCGAACUGUCAAGCUAGACUUCUGA